UACUGUGUUGUGUGGUUUACAGGAAGCACAAAAUCUUAUGGCUCUCACAAAUGUGGAUACACCGUUGAAAGGAGGUCUUAACACCCCCCUGCAUGAAAGUGACUUCUCAGGUGUAACCCCGCAGAGGCAGGUUGUUCAGACUCCAAAUACUGUGCUUUCCACACCAUUCAGAACACCUUCCCAAGGACAGGAAGGCUUAACUCCUCGUGGAGGGCUGACUCCUAAACCUGUGGCUGGUACAACUCCUGGUAGAACUCCACUGCGUGAUAAAUUGAACAUCAACCCAGAAGAGGGAAUGGCAGAUUACAGUGACCCAUCUUAUGCAAAACAGAUGGAGAGAGAGUCUCGUGAACACCUUCGUUUGGGGCUGAUGGCCCUUCCUGCUCCAAAGAAUGACUUUGAGAUCGUUCUACCUGAAAAUGCAGAAAAAGAGCUUGAGGAACCUGAAGUAGAUGAAGCCUUUGUAGAAGAUACUGCUGAUAUAGAAGCCCGCAAGCAGGCUCUCCGAGAUGCAGAGAGAGCCAAGGAGCUGAAGAGAAUGCACAAAGCUGUUCAGAAAAAUCUACCAAGACCCUCAGAAGUUAAUGAAACAGUAUUGAGACCCGUGAAUGUAGAGCCACCUCUAACAGAUUUGCAGAGAAGUGAAGAGCUAAUAAAGAAAGAGAUGAUUACAAUGCUUCAUUUUGAUCUUUUACACCACCCAUUUGGAGAACAGCCUACUGGUAAGAAGGGGAAGGGCCCAGGAUUUGGAACCAACAAUGCAGAACAUAUGGCUUACUUGGAACAAAACCCUUAUGAGAAGUUCUCCAAAGAGGAUCUCAAGAAGGCACAGGAUCUACUGGCACAAGAAAUGGAAGUGGUGAAGCAAGGAAUGGGGCAUGGAGAGCUCUCAAGUGAAGCUUAUAACCAGGUUUGGGAAGAAUGUUACAGCCAAGUGUUGUAUCUGCCUGGACAGAGUCGCUACACAAGAGCUAACUUGGCCAGCAAAAAGGACAGGAUAGAGUCACUUGAAAAGAGGCUUGAGGUCAGUGUCACUUUCUUCUGUUUGCACACUUCUGCACCUGCUUUUCUAGUUUAAUUCUCAUUAUAUGUU